UGUGGGGCGGAGGGCGCCUCCCAGCCCAGCUCUCCCUGCGGGAGAGGCCCUGGGCGACCCCGCAGCCCGAGGCAGUCCGCGGGGGACGGGAGGGAAAGGGAGGCAGGAUCGUCCAGGGCAGCCCCGCCCCCGCCCUCCAGGGCUCGCCCCGGGGAGGGAGGGGCGGGCGUACCUCCCCUUCCCAGAAGCCUCCACGCUGGGGCUGGAGGAUUCGAGACAUUUGGUCCUCCCGACCGCCCAGAGCGGCCCGGGACCGGGACAGCGGUAGAGGGGAAGAAGGGGGCCGACAACGGCGCUAGAACUUGAAGUGACGUCACCAAAAGGCGGGGCUCAGGAGGAGAGACUUCCGGGCGGCGCGGGAGAGGAAAGAUUGAGGUGAGGAAAGCGCGAGAGGGGGCGGGGGGCUCUCUGUGAUUCUGUCUCUGCAUCUCCCUGCAUCUCCCCAUCUCUGUGCAUCCGUGUCUCCACAUCGCUUUCUUUCUGCAUCUUCCUGUCUCUGCGCAUCCCUGUCUCUGCGUGUCUGCGCAUCCUCCUAUCUCUGCAGCUCUUUCUCCAUCUUUGUGUAUCUCUCUGUCUGCAUCUUCCUGUCUCUCUGUCUCUGCGUCUCUUUAUCUCUGUAUCUGCCUCUCCCCAGUUCUGCAUGUCUCUGUAUCUCCUUGUCUCUCAAUCGGCCUCGGUUAUCUAUCUCUGCAUCUUUUUAUCUCUGUCACUGCAUCCCUAUCUCUGUAUCUCUGUCUCUGCACAUUUCUCCCAGCUGCUGCCCCCUCCCCUCCCAGCCCUGUUGCGUGGGCUCAGGCCCUCCCUCCCCCCUCCCCAGCCCUGGGGAGCCACCAGUAACCUUGCAUUUCUCCCUGUCUCUUCAGGCUUGCUGUGCCAGAGCCUCUGCUGCCUCCGGGAAGGAUCAUGUCUGCAGGGUGGGGGGCCACAGCCCCCCAGGACCCCCAGACCGCCCCCUGGGGUCCCUGGAAGCAGGAGGCCCCCGCCUGGGGCCGGCUCUUCCGGACCUUCCGCUACCAGGAGGCAGCGGGUCCCCGCGAGGCUCUGGGGCGGCUGCGGGAGCUGUGCUGGAGGUGGCUGCGCCCGGAGAGCCUCAGCAAGGAGCAGAUGCUGGAGCUGCUGGUGCUGGAGCAGUUCCUCAGCGUCCUGCCCCCAGAGAUCCAGGCCUGGGUGCGAGAGCAGUGUCCUGAGACUGGCGAGGAGGCUGUGAGCCUGGUGGAGGGCCUGCAGGUCACGGUCGGUGCACGUGGGGAGAAGGCGCAGGUGGAGGAGACCCCCGAGGUGCCUCAGCCGGACGCCAGGGUCAGCGGCAGCUCCGCGUGGCCCAGUUCUCCCGGGCCGCUGGGCCAUCUCCUGGGACGCCCACCAGUUUCCACCUCUGAGGUGGCCAUCAGUCAGGAAGGAGGGGACAAGCCGGGGGCUCUGGACCUGCCUGGAGACGCAGGUUGUGGGACGGAGACCAAGGGCCAGAAAUGGGCUCCCAAGCAGGAAGUGUCCGAAGAAGAGUCACAGGCAGGGGGGUGGGAGGCUUCCCAGGGGGUGCAGCGGGGAGGAGCCUGGGAUUGUCUGGGGGGGCCCUUCCUGGAGGAGGAGCUGAAGAGGUCCCCGUCUUCGGAAAGAGAUUUCAGGAAGCCUCCCCCCGAGAGGGCCGAGAAGGCGCGGGCCCACCUUGGGCAGGGCGGGGAGCCGGGUCGGGUGGCCCGCAGGCGCCGGACCAGGGCAGCCAGACCUCACGAGUGCGAGCUGUGCAAUCAGAGCUUUAAGGCGGGGGCCGAGCUGAGCAAGCACCAGAAGCUCCACGCGGGGCAGAAGCCUUGCAGGUGCAAAGAGUGCGGAAAGGUGUUCAGCCAGAGCUCCUACCUCCUCCAGCACCAGAGAGUCCACACCGGCGAGAAGCCCUACCCGUGCCGCGAGUGCGGGAAGGCUUUCGCCUGGAGCUCCAACCUGAUCCAGCACCAGAGGAUCCACACGGGCGAGAAGCCCUAUGAGUGCAGGGAGUGCGGGAAGGCCUUCCGGGCGCACUCGCAGCUCAUCCACCACCAGAAGAUCCACACCGGCGAGAAGCCCUACCAGUGCAACGAGUGCGGCAAGUCCUUCGGCAGGAGCACCACGCUCAUCCAGCACCAGAGGAUCCACACUGGCGAGAAGCCCUACCAGUGCAAGGAGUGCGGGAAAGCCUUCAACUGGAACUCCAACUUCAUCGAGCACCAGCGCAUCCACACCGGGGAGCGGCCGCACGAGUGCAAAGAGUGCGGGAAGGCCUUCAGCCAGAGCUCCAACCUCAUCGAGCACCUCAAGAUCCACACGGGGGAGAAGCCCCACGAGUGCCGGCAGUGCGGGAAGGCCUUCAUGAGGAUCUCCGGCCUGCGGCAGCACCAGCGCAUCCACACCGGCGAGAAGCCCUACCCCUGCCACGAGUGCGGGAAGACCUUCCGCGAGAGCUCGCAGCUCAUCCAGCACCAGCGGAUCCACACUGGGGAGCGGCCCUACGAGUGCCCCGAGUGCGGGAAGGCCUUCAUCCUGAUCUCCAACCUCACGGAGCACCAGAGGAUCCACACCGGGGAGAAGCCGCACGAGUGCCCCGAGUGCGGGAAGGCCUUCAGCCAGCGGUCGAACCUCAUCAGCCACCAGAGGAUCCACACCGGAGAGAAGCCCUACGAGUGCGCCGAGUGCGGCAAGACCUUCAAGGGCAGCUCCGGCCUGGUCCACCACCAGCGCAUUCACACGGGCGAGAGGCCCUACGCGUGCAACGAGUGCGGGAAGACCUUCCGCGGGAGCUCGGAGCUGAGGCAGCACCAGAGGCUGCACUCCGGGGAGAAGCCCUUCGUGUGCAGCCAGUGCGGGAAGGCCUUCGUCCGCAACUCGGAGCUCAACAGCCACCGGCGGAUCCACACCGGGGAGAGGCCCUACAAGUGCGGCGUGUGCGGCAAGCCCUUCAGCCACCGCUCCAACCUCAACGAGCACCAGAAGAGACACGCGGGGCUGCCGCUGAAGCCGUGAUCCGAAGGCUGGACGCAGGCGCCGAGGGGCGGCCCCCUCGUGCGCACCAACGGAGGCGGGAACCCUGGCGGCCGGUUCCUUCCACCGGGAAAUGCUCGAA